CUCCGUCGCAAAACACGGUGUUCGAGACCGUUUGCCGGGCGCAAAUGAAUCGGUCCUGAUUGGUAAUGCUCCUGACCCGAGGAAAUGCCCAAAUAACUGCAUUACAAACUCCCGACUUUUAUCUUGCUGUCUACCUACUUUCUUCUCCCCUCAAUCCAAGUCAAACUCAUCUUUCAUUCCAUUGCUCAGAACUGCCAGUGUUCGGGUUACUACUACAUUUUCCUCUACUUAAUCGCCCCCAUUCUAGACAGACACAAAAAAGAAAAAAGAAAAAAGAUACUAGCUCGACUGCCAACCACGGCAAUCGUCAAAACUACCCCGCCAAAAUGAGCCCUGCGCAGCGCACUCUGCUGCUUGCCCCUCCAUCUAUCGCCUCCCACGAGGAGACCCUCCACGAUGUCUACACAACCUUCGACCGCGCGACGUCGGACUUGACCAUGCUCGACCGUCUCGCCUCCGGCCUCGUCACACUACCCCCGGCCACAUACGAUCUCGUUGUCGUGCUCACAGACGCCGCCGGCCCCCGGCGCCAAGAGACCACUCAGAUCCUCACCCGGCGCGUGUACGAUGCCGUCGCCGGAUCCAUGAAGCCCGGUGCCAUUCUACGCCCGCAGGAAGGCCCGUCACUACCCGAAUCAGAGGCCAUCUUAGCCGGCUUAGUAUUGAGAGGGGACGGCACGUUCGAGAAGGCCGAGGAGGAGGCCCCCGUACUCCUACGGCUGGGAGGCAAGAGGAAGAACGGCGGAGCGAACGGACACAGCAGCAAUGGGAACGGCAGCGUGCCUUUGGCCAAGAAACAGCCUACGGUCAGCUUGUUGCCAGGUGAUGAUCUAGACGGUUUGGACGACGAUGACGAGUUGAUCGACGAAGAUACGCUCUUGACGGAGGAGGACAUCAACCGGACUAUUCAACCUCCAGCAGAAUGCAUCCCGAAGAUCGGCAAGCGACGACGCGCCUGCAAGGACUGCACAUGCGGUCUGGCAGCGAAGCUCGAGGCCGAGGACAAGGCGCGGCGCGCCAAGGCAGACGCCGACCUGGACGUUCUCAAGCUCGGCGCAGACGACCUCGACGACCUGGAGCUGGACUUCACAGUGAAGGGCAAGGUGGGCUCAUGCGGCAGCUGCAGUCUCGGCGACGCGUUCCGCUGCGCCGAUUGUCCCUACCUCGGGCUACCGGCCUUCAAGCCAGGUGAAGAGGUCACCAUUUUGAACAACGUCGCUCAGCUAUAGAAGUGUCCGCUUUCUAAACACACCAUGGCGGAUAUAUAAUGUAGUGGACUCACUUAUCACGAGUACCCGAAUAAAUACCCAUAUAAACUAACUACGCAAGCCCUGACAUUCUGAAGCCGAAGAGGUUGAGGCAUUGACUCUGCUCAUGAGUGAGCUGCUCUCCAGAUAUGGCUAUGCAAGUCGUAUCAAUAUCAACCUGCGAGAUUGAUAUUUGUUAGUUCGCAUCCCACGUGAUGGACUAGAUCUUGAGAAUUGGGUCUACGAAGGGAGCAUCGAUAACUAUGGAUUUUGUAUGUAGUACCUAUACAAGAUCAAUUUUUACGUAUUGCAAGCCUAG